UAACAAUAAAUAAUAAAGAAAUCCAGACAGUAAAAAAAACGGUUUAUCACUAAUAAAAUAAAUUCUUAUCAUGAACUCAUAAACGGUCUCGUGAACGAUCCUUUACUAGUAAAUUUCAACUAAUUUUUAAAAUUCUAUUGUUAACAUUCAAUUUUGUACCUAUGUUGUCUACUCAGCUCCUGAAAUUGUUCAACUCGUUUGUUUAUUAUCCAUCGAAAUUCUAUUGCUGAUGUUUAAACAAAUAUCUCUGUAAGUACCUACCAAACAAUAUUUUUAUUUAAAUAUUGCCAAUGUUCUUUUAAUCAUUAUUUUAUAUUUUGAAAUUAAAUAUUUUAUAAUAAAUAAUAAUUAAUUAACACAAUUAAUUAAUAUUAUUUUUGAUCAAAUAGGUAUAUAUGUCUAUAGUUAUACACUUGUACCCAGUAAACACAGUACGUAUAAUUUACGUUGUUAAUAUUUGCAUAUAUUAUUAGUAUAAUAAACGUGGAUAAUAUGUGUUGGUCGAACGGGCGUUAAUAUAUCUGUAAAGAUAUAAAAAAAGUAGAUAUCAUGAAUGAUGAUUAUUUUCUAUUAUUUCUAAAACUUAUUACAAAUCUAUGCAUAUUUUGUAUACCCCUAUACAUUAUUUAAUUAUUCUCUUUCUUUUCACGAUGAAAUAAUAACUGAUUGAAUUGUUUAAUGAUUACCCAUUCAUUAAAUUAAUAAUUCAACGAAAUAACAAUUAUUAAUUUAUCAAAACUUUAAGUAUUUUAUAUGAAUACCUAAUCAAUUGUUCAAUAUUAUAUCAUGUAGGUAUAUGUAUAUUGUAUAGGUUAAGUUAAAAGGAUGUGAUACCUUCAAUUGCUGGCUGAGUUUAACUAAAGAAAAACAUAGCAAAAGCAUGUUUCUGCUGAUUAAUUAGAAUUUGCUUGAUUUUAGUUUUAAAGCGCCUAUUAUAAAAUUAAAAAUGGAUAAUAUUUAGUCUAUUUAAAAUUUUCAAAUGUAUAUUUGUAUAUGUUAAAAAUUAUAUUAUUAAAGGCAACUUUACAUUGUGUUAUAUACACAGUCCUGAAAAAAAUUGUACUUAGUACUACCUACUCGUUCAACAUUAGGACUAGAGUACGUUUCACGAAACUAGCGAAUCCGUAGUUGUGCUUCCGGUUGCAGAUUUUCGUGAGGGUUUCUUAAAUGUGACUAAAAAAAUACGGUAGUUUAAAAAUGACGCGGCAAUCAACCAUCGAACAGCUGGCCCUAUUGAUAUGAAUUUUACCUUCCACUGCUAUACAUUUUAUAACUACCAUAUAGGUACUCCAUAAUAAACACACAGUCGCAUGGUGAUUGGUGAACGUAUUACGGUUGAUAACGAUAACAACCAUAUAAUUUUGAGAAACCACGGAACGCCAGAAGCGCUAUUACGGAGUCGCUAGUUUCGUGAAACGUAUUACAGAAAACAGCUACAAUACGUAGCUGUUUUCUGCUGAAUGACUAUUAAAAUAAACUCCUAUUACAGGAGUUGAAUAGGUAACAUUAUAUACACAUGUAUAUCUUAUCAAAUAUUGAUAACGGAACGUACAUAUAUAUUUAAAUAGGUGGUUUGAAGUUUUGGACUACGGCAGUUUAUAAGGAAUAUCGAAAUUUGAUCGCGGAUAAUUUGCUGUUAUCACGACACAAUAUCAUUAAAACCAAGGUUUUGAAUUUUGAAUGCGUUUCUGAGUUCUCAAGAGUUAUAACAUUUUUCUGUUGUGGUUCGACGUUCGUUCAGUCGCCACUUUUAAACAUACAAAUAUUAAAACAACAUAUUAAGCAACAUCGUCUAGAUGUUUUUAUGAGACGUUCAGAUUGCCAUCAUACAGAUUAAACGCAGACAUUGACACGGUAAGAUAACAAAAAUUAUAAUUUAUAAAGUAAAAAAAAACAUUUAAUUUCUCUGUUGUUACACUGGUGGUGAUUAUUUUAUGUCAAUUUAAUUAUGGUGUGACAAUUUUUUUUUAUAUGCAACUAUUUAUUUUGGCUGGUACGUCAAAUUGAAUAAUUAUUAAGCCGAAAUUUUGUAUGAUUAGGUAGGAACUAGACAACUGAUCCCCAGAGGUUUUAUGGCUGACUCCUACCGCCGGCCGUCCGCAUCUUAGCGCUGGGCGCUACUUGCGAGCGGUCGUGGUGCAUGAGCUACGGCGGCAACCGCCGCCUGUCCAGGGUCUUCAGAGGGAACACCGGCCCCACACUUUUUUUUAGGUAGUCACUAGACAGUAAUAAAUAGAAGGCUAUUGUAUUAUGAAAAGGUCCAUCAUACCUUUUCAUUAAAGUAAAUUAUCUUCGACAAUUUCGGUUUGCGUUUGUUAUGUAUAAUACUUGUUUUAUCAAUUUCUUAAUCAAGUACCAACAAUGAUAUAGGUAAAAGGACACUUAUUCUUGUAGUGAUGUAUUUAAGAGUUUUGCCAAAAAAGGAGAUAUUGAAUUUAGAAAUUUUUAUAUUAUAAUAAUGUGUAUUCAGGUAAAAAAAAAACACCUAUGUUUAAUGACUUUUAUAUUUUUGUAGGUAAUUUAUUAUUAAUGAAAUUAAAUAGGUAGGUGCCUAAUUAUAAGUAUACUAAGGUAAAUAAUUAUUUACUAUUUAAGUACAAAUUUGAUUUCGCUCAUAAUAUAGUGAUUCCGACAUAGUUUCAUUUUAACAUAAAUGUUUAGAUUUUUUUAAUAAAUUUAUCAACACAUUAAAUUAUUAUUAAGCAAUUAAAUUAGGUUUUUUCUGGCUAAAAGGCAAAUAAAUUUGAAUUUAAAACUAGUUUAGUUGUAUAAAUAAUAGAUAUCUGCUAUAAAAAAAGAUCAAGGGGGAGAUAUAUCUCCUUAAUCAGUCCCCUGUAAAUAUUCCACUGCAAACAUUUUGGUUUUUCUAUGCAAUAUUCAGUAGGAUAUUUAGUUAUUGGUAAUAGGAAGUUUGGUCUCCUAAUACUACUUAAACAGUAAUUUAAAAAAAUAAAACAACAAGUUCUCACUUUUAUUCAUUAUCCAAUAUUAUUCACUAUAAGUUAAGUUUACGUAAUAAUUUUUUCAAUUUCCAAAAAUUCUGACCUAAAUUAAUUUUUAAAUACAGGGUAACUGUGUUGAACACAACAUUCAUUUAAAUAUGUAUUAUUAGACUAUGUCUGAUUAUAUACUAAAUUUAUCAAAAGCUAUUAAGAUAAACCAAGACUAAAUUUAUAAUAAUGUUAAAAAUCAAUUAGUACCUAUUAGUUUGGUAUUAUACUUGUAAGAUAUGCAUAUCUUGUCAUAGUCUCAAUAAGUUUCAUGAAUUUAGUAUAUUCUUUUAUUAUUAUACUAGUUAAAUUGGAGUGUUGAAUAACCAAAACAAAAUUGAAAGUAUAAUUUAAAACAAAUUAGUGUUAUAAAUUAUUAAUUAUUAGUCAUCUGUGGCCAGCUUUAUCAUAGAUACAUAAUUAUUUAUAAAUGUAAAUUUACAUAUUAUAAGUCUAUGGCCUCAUUACCAACUGUGACUACAAUAUGUCUACAUUAUGCCUUUUAUCAUGAAAACCAAUGGACUAAACAUUCUGUAAUUAAUAAUUUUUCGGUGACUAAAUGUCCAACAUUCAGGGAUAAAAUAUUGUUUGACCUUUAUUUUAUAUGAGUCGUUAAAUCCUAAAAUCAAUAAUGUUUAUCUAUUUAUUUCUAAAAAAUAUAUACCUAGGUAGGUCUCAUUUUGUUUCUAUCAUAUUAUCCACAAAAAACGUAAAAGAGUAGGUAGGUGUUUGUAUUUUAUGUAAUCCAAAAAAAAUAUAUAACAAUUUAUGAUUAAUGUAAAUGAAAAUAUAAACACCAAGUAAUACACAGUAAAAUCUUAAAACUGACUCCCAAUAAGGUGGAAAUUUCCUUAAAAUGGAAAACAACAACAGUUCUGCAUAAUCUAUGUUCCAUAUAUUUUAGUUUUUCUAUAAGAGAAAUUCCUUACAAUGGAAAAAUAAGUUGGUAAUAAGAGUUUCUGUUAAAAGGAAAUUUUACUGUUCCACUAAAUAUAAGUGUAUUAUAAAGUUAUUAUAUUCUCAUAAGAGCAAGGAUCUUACUAAUUCUAAAGUUAAUGCUUAUUCAUCAUCCUUAAUAAAUAUAUACUAAUAAAUAAGGAACAGAUUUAUGUGGACUUAAAAUCCGUAAAAAUGCAUUUAAAAAUAUUCAAAAGAGCAAAUGUGGUAAGGGGGUUGAGUUUAGAGGAUUUAUUAAAGAUAUUUUUAAGUAGGGAAAGUUUAUGAUUGAGGGUAGUUAUUGUUUUUUGUAAGUGUUUAGACCAGUUUAGGUUUUUGUCAAGUGAUUAGCCUAGGUAUUUGACUAUAUCUGAGAAAGGUAUUUGUUUAUUGUUUAAGAAUAUUGUAGGAGAUUGAUCUUGUCUAAGUGUAAAUACUGUGUGGAUCGAUUUUGAUUCAUUGAUUUUUACCCGCCAACAGGAGUACCAAGGAAACAGAAGGUUUAGAUGAUUUUGCACAUAUGAAGAGGCUAUUAUUGGGUCGGAGUGAGAAGCAUAAAUGACUUUAUCGUCUGUGUAUUUGACAACUAUGGUGUUGGGGUGGGUUGGUUGAUCAGCUGAGUAUAAAUUAUAGAGUGUGGGGGACAGCUCCUUGAGGUACGCCCACAAUUAUUAGCGAGAUGGAGAAGAGUUUUGAUCUGGAUCUGAUCACAAAAUAGCGUUCACUUAGUAAGAUUUAAAAAAACGAUAGUAUAGAGGGGUAGAUUUUUUAAUUUGUAAAGUAGGCCAGAAUGCCAGACCUUAUCAAAUGCCUGUGAGACAUCCAGAAAUACAGCUGAGAUGUACAUUUUCUUUUCUAAAGAGUAUGAGAUGGUGUCUGCAAGUUGGUGAAUUUGGUGGAUGUUUGAAUGUUUCUCGUGAAAAUUGAAUUGUGAGUUUAAGAUAGCGUUAGUUUGAAUUAUUGAGUAGAUAGUUUAAGGAUUAGUUUUUUCUUGAAAAAAAAAAAUAUUUAAAAAAGUAAAAAUGAUAGAGGGGUUUUUAAGUCCCUCUCUGAUGGCUCUAAGUUAUUAAAUUAAAUUUCCUAACACUACAAAAAUGAUUUCUUUUAAAUAAAAUUGCAUGCAUUAUAAAAAAAAAUUACUUUUUAUUAAUCAUUUUUGUGGUGUUAAAAAAUUUUAUUUUUAAAUUAAAUCCAUUUGAGGGGGCUAUUAAACCACUCUAUUAUUCUUGCAGUUUUAUAUAUUUUAAGUGAUUUUUUUCAAGGACUUUUGACCUUUUAAAAUGUUUUUUGUUGAUUUAAAUAACAUAUAAAUCAAAUCUCUAAUUAUAAUUAAUAAUUUAAAAAUAAAAAAAUGUUAUAUCGUAUAAAUAUUACUAAAUGCUAUUUGCAAGUAAAUGUGUUUUUAAACUUUUGAAUUUAACCCAUUAUUAAUGAUGUACUAAUCAUUACUCAACCAUUUAUAUGCCUACAUCUGUAAUUUAAUUUAAUAAUUAUUGUUGCAGACCAAAGAAAUUAUCAAUAACACAAAUUCAAGUCUACUCAAGUCACUAUGUCAAUUAAGGAUGUUCGAUUUGGUUUUGAUUUUCUCUCUAAUACAAAUAUAUAUACAUGUAUGGAUACUGUAAGAAAAUGGGAUCUUACUUUUGCUUGUGUACCCAUUUCAAGCCUUAAAUUAAAAUCAAAUUCUGUAUCAUUAGAUCAGACAUGUACUGUUUUGAACCCUACUUUUGCUGAAAUAUGGUGCCAUUGUAUCAUAGCCAAAAUUUCCGAGCAUUUAGAUGUUGAUUCGUCAGAUGAUGAUAUCAGACUAGAAAAUCAGAAAGCUCUACAACAAGAUAUCUCAUGGGCUAUUUUUUUAAAUGUAUAUUGUAUAAUGAUUGAGUUACCAUUAGAGGGUGAUUUUGUAAACCUAAUUAGAUUGCUGGACAAUCAAAUCGACAUGUAUCAAAAUUCUGCAAUAUUAAUACAAAUUUGGAUGUUAGUUCCAAUAGUUAAUUCAAAUAUUGACCCUUGGAUUAAGUGGACCAAAUUCAUAUCAUCAGUUAGGAACAUAAGUAAUAUGAAAUUAGUAUUGGAAAUUGGUUCUAAGUUACCAAGUAAUGAAGAACUUGACCGUUGGUUAGGGGAACCAGUUGCAGCAAUAAUAAUUAAAUCGAGUGUAUUUUUAAUGAAUAAAAAAGGUUACCCAGUAUUACCUAAACUUCACCAAGAAUUUAUCAAAAAAAUGUUCAAUAUUGGCUGUCAAAUUAUGGUAUCUGGAGAAUCUGGUGUUAAACAACAUUUCAAUUAUUUAUGUUAUCUCUACAAUAAUACUACGUCUUUAACACCUUAUAGCUCUGAAUUUGUAAGUGGUUUUGAAGACCAUCUCCAAACCCCAUUACAACCAUUGAAAAACGAUUUACCAUCUUAUGUUUAUGAGACAUUUGAGCAAGAUCCUAUUAAGUAUUAUAAAUAUGAAAAAGCAAUAUUUGAAGCUUUAAAUGAUAAAUCUAAGCAUGUAGAAUUUAUUGUUGUUUAUGUUGUUGGUGCUGGUCGUGGACCAUUAGUAGAUGCCACGUUGAAAGCGGCUAAAGAUUUAAAUAUUGUUGUAAAGGUGUUUGCUGUAGAAAAAAAUGAAAAUGCAUUACCAACAUUGUAUUUGAAAAACAACGAAAGGUGGCAAAAUGAUGUCACAAUUAUUAACUGUGAUAUGAGAUUUUGGAAUCCUAAACAAAAAUGUGAUAUUUUAGUGUCUGAACUAUUGGGAUCUUUUGGAGACAAUGAAUUAUCACCAGAAUGUUUAGAUGGUGCUCAGAAUUGUUUAAAAAAAGACGGAAUUAGUAUACCUUCAAGUUAUACAUCAUUUUUAAGUCCUGUACAAUCACGGAAAUUGCAUGGUGAAAUAUCAUCUAUUAAAAAAAAUAUAACCAAUUGUAAUUUCCAGAAACCAUACAUAGUGCAAUUAAACAAUGUUUAUACUAUAGCUCAAGCCAAACCUUUGUUUACAUUUACACAUCCAAAUCUGAAUUCGAAAGACAGCAGUAAUGAUAGGGAUGGUGUUUUGAUUUUUAAUGUUUCACAAGAUUGUGUAUUACAUGGGUUUGCUGGAUACUUUGAAACUAUUCUUUACAAAAAUAUACACCUUAGUAUUGUUCCAGAAACUUUUAGUGAAGGAAUGUUCAGUUGGUUUCCUGCUUUUUUCCCAAUAAUCGAACCAAUGGUACUCCAUAAAGAUGAAGAACUUCAAAUCAAUUUUUGGAGAUGUAGUGAUAAGCGUAAAGUGUGGUAUGAAUGGUGUGUUACUAAACCAUAUCAAGGAGUUAUGCAUAAUACAAAUGGAGAAAUGUAUUUUAUGUCUCUUUAGCUUAUUUUUGGUAAAAACUAUUUUUAUAUAAAACUAUGUUCAAAUAACUAAAAAUAUAUGUUUUUGUAUUCUUUUCAUGUGACAUAGUCAGUGCAGUAGUAAAAUAUGCAUUGUUAAAUUUCGCAUACCAAAUACUUGUUGGAAGGAAAAUGUACAAUUAAUUAAAGAUAAUUUAUCAUACUUACAUGCAAUAGUUUUAAUGGAAUUUUAGAAUUUAAACCGAGCAAGGAAUGUAUUGGUAUUGGUGUGAGCUUUUAAAAAAAAAAACAAAUUUUUUUCAUUAAUUUAUAAUUAAAUAAAAAUCAUCUGUAAGUGAAAAUUAACAUAGUAAGAGCUCUUUAAUUUUUUUAGAUUCUGAACAAAGUGAAAAAUGUUAAUGUUUAAUUUUUAAAUUUAAUUUUUUCAGUUAAUAAACAAUUUUUAUACCAAGAAUUUUGCUUCAAUCAAAAAAUGUUAAGAGACAUGUUGUUACAUUUUAGAUCUAGUUGGUGUAUUGAGGAGGCCAUUAUUCGAUUGUCUAACCAGUUUUUAUAAUUGUGAUAAAACAAAAAAGAUAAAAGUUUUAAUUAUUAUACAUAUACUUAGUUCAAUCAUUUAAGAACAAACUAGUAUAUAUAGAGUAAUUUAAUUUACUUCUGUAUGCAACUAUAAAUUAUUGCUAACAAAAAAUAAUUCUGAGUGAAAUUUUGUUAAACAUAUGUUUAAAUCUUCUUUUUUUUUUUACGAUUUUUAAAUAAACUUGAACUAAAAACUUAGAGAAAACUAACUCAGUACACUUAAUUUUUUUACCACUAGGUAAUCUUUGUGACCUUUGUUUCAAAUUAUCAAGAAUUUUUCAAGGCCAUAUUUUUAUAUUAUUUACAAAAAUUAGAAAAUAGUCUAUUGUUAUGAUUUCUACUAUUUUUAUCAAAAGAAUAUAUUGUGGUAUAUGAAUAAAAUAAAAUAUUACCGAGUCAAUAAUUCAACAAAACAUUAAAAUAUUUUUGAGAAGAGUAAGAGUUGAAAGAAAAAUAGUAUUUUCUUUUUUUAGAGAAAUAAUAACAAUUGAAUAUUUCUGAAAUUAUUUAUCAGCAAUUUUUAAUGUUUUAUUCUUAAAUAAUGAUUAGAACAAUAUGGCAAAUAUCAUAAAAUAAAAUAAAUUAUACUUUAUCAUUUUAUUUAGGGUAUUUUUAAUUUUAAAAAAACUAUAACACUAUAUUGAAAAAUAUAUUUAUUUAUUAAUUAAUCAUAUAUUAAUAACCUAUGUAUGUAUGUUUUCUAUUAAUUUCACCUCAAGAGGACAUAAUAUGAUGCUGUGGGUUUAGUGAACAUGGAAAAUCCCUGGUUGAUCCAGCCAAGUGGAAGUUUAGAAUAAGGGUGAUCUACCCUACCCUAAAUAGUUAGAAUGAAGGAAAAUAAUAAGAUAUCUGAAAUUGUUUUGAGAAACUUUUUUAUUACAAUUAUUCUUCCAAAAUAUGUUGCACAUAAAAUAUUUAAAAAAAACCUCCCAGUUAUUAAAAUUCUAGGUAGGUAUCUACUAGGUGACAUUAAUAUUUCCUAGUUAUAAUAUUCACUGUUAGUUGGUGUAUAAAAAAGUCAGUUUUUGAUUUUUCAUGUAGUUUUUAGAAUAAUUGGACAAAACCUGGGGAAAUUUGAUGGAAAUAAAGGUUUUAUUUUAUACCUUUCAACUUCAUACCUACAACAAUUGUGAAAAUAAUUUGAUUGUACAAUUUAAAUACCUAAUCUAAUAAAUGUUGAGUUCACCUGGCUGAAAAUAUUUAGUAUUACCUUUAAGUAAAAAUGCACUGUAUUAAUAUUUCCAUAAUACUUACAUUAAAUUAGUUAAAUAAUAAUCUAAAAAAAAAGAAAAUUGUUAAUUGUAAUUUUAAACUAUUAUGAAGUAUAUGUACUUUCUAAUUUGUGACAAUUUAAUCCUUCCAUCCUUCUGCUCAUAUUUAUGUAUAAACAACUGUAAUUUAUUUUUUAUAAACAACAUUUACUUUUUUUUUUUAAUUUUGCAUAUGUAUAUAUUGUUUUAUAUUUUAAAAUUUAAAAAAACCGUGUACACAUUUUCUUAUCACAGUAACUCAUAUACUAUACUUAUUAAUUAUAAAUAAUACUAUUUGUUUUUUUAUGUAUUUAAAUAAUGUCAAUUGAUUUUGUUAAGUUAAAUCAAAAUUAUAUAUUUUGUACACAUUUAAUUUAUUAUUAUUAAACUAUAAGUACAUUAUUACUUUGAAUAUUAUGAUAUGUAAUGGUAUUAUUUAGUAAUGAUUAAUAAUUUAAAAUGAUAAUUAUCUACUUAUUUAAAUUUAAUAAUUUAUGAUUUUUUAAUUACAUUUUCAUAACAAAAUUUAUAUAUGUUUAUAAAAUAUGGUAUAACUGUAUCAUUGUUUAAAGAAUAUGAUAAAUUGCUUACAUUAUAAUUGAAAAAUAUCUAAGGGUCACAUUUAUAUAUAAAUGCUUAUUUUUAUUGAUAUAACAUAAUUAUUUGAAAUCUAAUCUGUAAAUGUACACAAUUUAAAUUGUUCAUAUUAAAAUGAUAAUAAUUUUUAUUUUAGUAUUUUGCAUAAUGGUUGAACGGUUUAAACUGGUUUUGCACACUUUGUAUUUAGCUUUUAUUUUUUCAUAUAUUUAGCAAUAUUUGAGUCAUAUUAUAUUUUUUAAAAAAAAAAAGAAUUUCGCAACAAAUUAAAUACUUCAUAUUUUUACUUUUAAAAAAUAUGACUCAUAGAUUGAACUUAGAUUAUAACUUAUUAUUAAGAAAAUAUAUUUUUUUUCAUAAUCCUAUUGUGAGUUCCAUUAAUUUUAUUAUUAUCAAAUGUUAUUUAGGUAUUUUUGUAUUUUAAAUUGAAAACAAAAUGUAUUACUCUAAUACAAUAUUGAUUACUAACC